UGCCAGCAUCUGAUUAAAACCAUAUCUCUCGCUGUGAGUGGCUAACUAAACAGAAGGCUCGAGUACGGCUGGAUAUUUAAGCGCGCUGAGAGUGUCAGUUGCUUUGCCGGCUACAGUGGUAGGAUCAUGCACGAAGGGGCUCAGAUCUAGUCUUGGCAAAAUAGUAUGCUUGUCCACUGAGGAUUGCUAGCUGGAUUCCAGUCACAUUAUCAAGUGCAAGGAUUUGCUCUCUGGAGUUGAGGCUGGCCUCUCACUAUGUCGAGUGAAGCAGAGACAGCUAGCGUCAAUAGCCAGCCAGCCCAGCAACAGACACCACUGAAAGCACAACCUUCCAAAAAGGAGAAAAAGAAAGGAACUGAAAAGACAGAAGAAUUCCUCUUGGCCAGAUUCCAAGGUGAUGGCGUAAGAUACAAGGCCAAACUGAUUGGUAUUGAUGAUGUUCCCGAAGCAAGGGGAGAUAAGAUGAGCCAAGAUUCAAUGAUGAAACUAAAGGGAAUGGCCAUAGCAGCCCGCUCUCAAGGACAACACAAGCAGAAAAUAUGGGUCAACAUCUCUCUUGCUGGGAUCAAAAUCAUAGAUGAGAAGACAGGGGUUAUUGAGCAUGAACACCCAGUCAACAAAAUCUCCUUCAUUGCUCGGGAUGUGACUGACAACCGUGCCUUUGGCUACGUUUGUGGAGGAGAAGGGCAGCACCAAUUCUUUGCCAUAAAAACAGCACAGCAGGCUGAACCUCUAGUUGUGGAUCUGAAGGAUCUCUUCCAAGUAAUCUAUAACAUCAAGAAAAAAGAAGAGGAUGAUAAGAGAAAGAAUGAAGAGGCCAAUAAACCCUCUGAGAACGGUAACGAUGAAGCAACUGCUGAUCAAGUUGGCAAAAUAAAGCUGGGUGUUGACCAGAUGGAUCUAUUUGGAGACAUGUCUACUCCUCCUGACCUGAAUAGUCCCACAGAGGAGGAUAAAGAGAUCCUGUUAGUGGAUUUAAACUCUGAAAUUGAGGCCCUUCCGGCUUCUCUCAAGGGGGAGGAUCUUUUCUUGAAUGACAUCACACCUUCCCUGCCAAUGCCCAAGCCGCAGCCACCUUUCUUGCCUGAAAAUGCUUUCUCUGCAAACCUCAGCUUCUUUCCUACCCCCAAUCCUGACCCUUUCAGCGAUGACCCUUUCACGCAACCCGACCAAUUGGCACCGCCCCCACUUGAUUCUUCUCUCUCGCCUCCCAGUCAGAAGAUGGGAAGCGUGGCUAGCCCCAGGGGGAACAGCGGGGUGAAUGGGGACGUAGACUACUUUGGGAAACAGUUUGACCAGAUUUCCAACCGGACUGGCAAGCAGGAAAUGCAGGCUGGCCAGUGGCCGCUUGAGAGUAAGCCAACACCACCAGCGGCGAAGACUCCAAAUGGGGUCCCGGAGAGAGAACAGAACGGCUUUGCUGCCAACUCCCCGCUCGACGUCUUCAUGGAGAGCUCUUCCAAAGGAUUGCCCAUGCAAAAUGGAUUGCGGCUAGACUCCGAGAACGGCGUCCAAUUGAUCUCCCAUGACUCUAUAACGAUUAGCCCACCUCCACAAAGUACCAAGCCAGGAAGAGGAAGGAGGACUGUUAAGAGUGCAGCCAAUGACUUGUUCGGCUCGGACAUCUUUGCUCCUGGACCGACUGCAACAAACACACUGAUAACUGCACGGCAGCCUUCUCCUGUGCAAAACAGCCAUCUAGACCUCUUCAAAGCUAGUGCUCCUACAGCAGCUCCCAUGCCUGGAGUGGGUGGCUUGCCUGCUGCACCUCCAACACCUGUAUGGGGUCCCCAAUCCGCCAUCUUCAACCAACCGCCUCCAGUCUUUCCUGGCACUGUUCUGGGUGUUCGGCCUGCCAGCUUUACUCCAGCUCUUGGUUUUGCGAGUGCUCCACAAGUUCCGAACUGGAACCAGCCUGCCUCCUUGGGCGCCCCAGUCCAGUCUCCUGCUCCCGACCUCUGGGGUCAGCCUACACGUGUUUCUCCUUCUAAUGCUUGGACACAGCCAUCGUCCACCGGGAACCCGUUUCAGGUCAACCAGUUCUCAUCGACACUAGCAGCCCACCCUCCAUCUAUGCUGUCUCCCAUGUCAUCUGCUAGUCCUCCUCCUCAGCUCCCUCCCAGAACUGCGCCUCAGAAGGAGCUCGUCAAGAAAGAGAGUGAUGCCUUCACUGCUCUGGAUCCACUUGGGGAUAAAGAGAUAAAGGACGUAAAGGAGAUGUUCAAAGACUUCCAGCUGACGAAGCCACCCGUGCCGGCAAGGAAGGCAGAGCAGCAACAGCAACAAGGUCUGUCCGGCGCGUCCAGAGCCUUUGCCAGUUACUUCAAUAACCAAGUGGGGGUUCCUCAAGACUUGGCUGACCAGGAUGACUUUGAAGCCAGUUGGCUGUCUGCUAAAAUUGGUGCACCACCAAAGCCCGUUCCCAGGCAAACUGCUGUACCAUCGACCAAGCCUGCUGAAGACCUCUUUGAAAACCCUUUUAAGAUGGACCCUUUUGCAGCUCCCUCACAAAGUGUUACCACGGCUCCACAGCUGCUGUCUUCUGCUCCAUUUGGUGAUCCUUUUGGAAAUCCAUUUGUAUAGACUUGAUAGUCCAUACAGAGAGCUUCAAGACAAGUGUUGGGUGGCCCAGCUGUGAGAUGGUAAAGUUCUCAUUGUGCUUGACCAGAAGUGCGUGUAAUCAGCAAAGGAAUAACUGGACUGCUGCGGCAAAAAAAGGAUGUAACAAAUUACUGUCUUCACUCUGCAUUAUCUGCCUCAUUCCUCAUCCACUUCUGGAUUGCAAUUCAUUCUGGGACGUCCUUGGAUUGCAGCCUUUGGAAGUCAAGGAAGGAAUUUGCUAGAGACCAAACUGCAACUGCUGGAGACCUUCUUCCCAUGUAGAUUUAAGUAACUGAACACUCUAUGGUGUCUCCUAGUCCUUCACUUUCACUUCCAUCGAGGCUUGGAAGCACUUAACUGUAAUAUGAAUGAGAAACUAAACACCCUUCUAGGACAAAACCACACAAACUUCUGUUCACCUUCACACAAGGGAAGAGGACCAUGAGCUGAAUUUGCAGCACUGAGUCACCUAGAACAUUACAUGGUCAAGUACUGUUGUAGACUUCUCCUAAUCUUACUGCAAGCUUUUAAAACUUGCAGUUUCCCUCCCACUCAAAAUGUCAAGGUGAAUGUCUGAAUUCCAAAAUGGGCAAAUACUGUGUUUGGCUCCAAUCUGGUGAGUUCUAAACUGUAAUUGCUAGCUCUAAUGCUGAUGCUGUCCAACGGAAGUUGAGAUACUCUUGGCAGCCUCUUGUCCAGGACGUUUGAAAUGACAUUAAUAUUGUAUUCCCCGGCACAUCUAGUGUUACAGAAUUGUCCUCUAGCAAGAUUCUCAAGUUCCUAAAGCAAACCAAGACUGAGAAAAGGAUGGAUGCAAAAAUGGGCAAGUGUUUAUAAAAAGGCUCAGUGAAUAUGCCGUUGAACUGGAAAGCAAUCAAACUCUUGAACAACAAACUCUGCAAUCUUGGAAGCUGAAGUAUGGUAUGGCCGGUGUUAAUCUGCAAAGUGAUACUGCACCAUUUAAACAAGAGUCUUAAGAACUGGGUGGAACUGAUGCAAGAGCCAGGGAGGGGGGGUCUCUCCAUCAUGGCACUUACGAAUACAGACUUGAAAUGGUAUCCAUGUUUAUGUUAAAGCAAAAUUGGAGAUCUGCUCGCUAGAAAACAUUAAGUCUGCAGUGAUUUGUUCUUCCAGCCAGUUAUGCAAUCUGCUCUGUACAUAAUUUACUGCACUUUUCCUGUAAUGCAAAAAAAAAAAAAAAGCUAUCAAUUUAUAUGUAUUUGUCUCAGACUGGAAAUGUAGGAACUUAUGGAUUGUGUUACACUGUAAAAAGCAGUUGUCAAAAGUUCCGACAAUUAAAUGUAACUUCAUUUCAA